AGGCAGAGGUGUCGUCUCGAUCCUCGGCGAGGAGCAACAGUGCUUACCGGUGAAGUCGUUCUUCGAACAUCGCCGACGCCUGUGGACAAUUAGUGUCGGUUACCAUCAACGUUCCGAUCGUUGGGCCUAAGUAGAUUGGCUAGUGUAUUUUCCACCGUCCCGCUGGAUAUAGAGUCUUGUAUAAUUCGCACGGAGUGCGGCUGUUGGCUAGGCUCCAAAUCCUUGGGCUCUCGGCGAGCGAUAAGUACCUCGGAUGCAGUUUAAUGAUUGAUGUGGACUAUAUUCUCAGCUGUUGACUUUGCGAGAUCUAUGAGCCCGGUCAUCGGAAACCGACGCUUUGUUUCCUCAUCGACGCGCUGCUGAUCGACGCCGUUAGGAGCAUCCUCGCUCCCGGUCCGCCGGUCUCUCCCCCCGGUUAAGAGAGAAAGAGCCGUGGGUUUCAAGGUGUCCUGUCAGCACGCAACUCGCAUCUCCGGGCGGACCGCGGAGGAGCUAUUUAAAAGUUGCGGCAUCAGGCUCGCGUGACGCUCGGCCCGUUAACCGUGAUGGCAGUUCCGCGCGGCGAGGAUUAAGGCGAUCCAUUAAAAAACGGCGGGGGCAGGCGUCCGUCACGCGACACCCGGCGAACGGGUGUUCCAAUUAGCCCGGAAGAGACGGACAACACCGGACGUUGAUCGUCGAUGAGGACGAUGGCAGUUGCCCCGUUAUCGCGUGCGGACGCUCGUUUGUCGAGGCACGCGCGGAGACGCAGGAUCGAGCCGGCGGGACCGGAGCCAGUAGCAGCGGACGCAACCUUCGCCGACUGAACCGCGGGGAGGAUAUAGAUGACAGAGAGUGGACAGAGGCGUCGCCGUGAUGGAACUUCCGUUAAAUGCCACCGAGUCGGUUAACAACUUGAGCGUGACCGCGGUGACCGCGUCCCCCAGCUUCGAGCUGAACCUGCCGUACACGGUCUGCGAGAUUCUGGUGGCGGUGUGCGCGGUCCUCGGCAACGGCCUCGUCAUCGUCGUCUUCAGCAAGGAGAGGAAGCUUCGCAGGCGGACCAAUUAUUACAUCAUCUCGCUGGCCACCGCGGACCUGUUGGUCGGUCUGUUCGCCAUACCGUUCGCGAUCCUCGCCAGCAUCGGUCUGCCCAACAACUUCCAUGCCUGCCUCUUCACCGUCUCUGUCCUGGUCGUGCUCUGCACCAUCAGCAUCUUCUGCCUGGUCGCGGUGUCCGUGGAUCGUUACUGGGCGAUACUCCAUCCCAUGGGAUACUCACGCACCGUGCGCACUAAAACUGCCAUAGGUAUAAUUUGCCUGUGCUGGGUCACCGGGACGCUGGUCGGUUUCCUGCCGUUGCUGGGCUGGAACACCGGACAAAAGUCAAACGAGAAGUGCAUUUUCACCGAGGUGAUGGACUACGACUACCUCGUGUUCCUCUACUUCGCCACGAUCAUCUUCCCCGCGCUGAUAAUUGCAGCGUUCUACGCCCAUAUAUACAGAGUGGUCGUAAAACAGUUACAGCAAAUAGUAACGAUGAAUCCUGGCCGCCGAAACCAAACGACGGGUCCUAUGUUGAGACUACUCGGGGCAGCCAGGAAACGGGAAGUGAAGGCCACGCAGAACCUCUCGCGGAUCGUUGUGUUCUUCAUCAUCUGUUGGUUCCCGUUGUACACCAUCAACUGCGUGAUGGCGUUCUGUCCCGGGUGUAAGGUGAACGACAUCCUCAUGAACUUCUGCAUUAUCCUGUCGCACCUGAACUCGGCCGGCAACCCGUUGCUCUACGCUUAUCACCUGAAGGACUUCCGGGCGGCGCUGAAGAACUUCAUGUGGAGGCUCCUCUUCCCGCACAGCGACGUCAAGUCCAGCAUGAUCAGCGUGAUCCAGGACCGUGGAUCGUUGGUCGGCUCCCAGAGACAACUGCAGAGGCAAAUCGCAAUGUCCGCUGCCAGGAGCCAACGGUCCAGUUUGUUGCGCCAGGUGACUGACGUCAGAUUCAAACCCUCGGCUACACCUAGGAGCGCCUCGAUUCGCGAGAAAGAGGCUCCCGACGAGUCGAGCUCGUCCCACAGCGACAAACAAGAAAUCGACGGUUUGAGCAACGACAACGCGAGCCAGAACAGCAACGAGGAGCAUCGCAGCGAGAGCGAUAGUUCUUCGAAUAAUCGGUUGAACAAGAGCCUAUCGAGAGCACCAUCUUGCGUCUCCUCGAUAGAACUUCAGACUUACAAGCCCUUGGUACCGUUACUUCCGGCGGAAAUCGAUCGCGUCGAAGAAACACCACCUGCGUCGAUUUUCGUUAUCGAGGUGGACGUGAAUCACGUCGAUUCCGUUCGAGAAUUAGCGGACGAGGAACUGACGGAGCAGAAGGAAGAGGGUUGAUAACCUCUUUAUCCGCUGUCAAUGAGAAAUCGAUGAUUCGAGCACAAAUGGAUUAGCUAGAUCGCGAACGCGACGUAUUUUUGAUGUUAACGUCGCAUUCGAUGUACGAUAUUCCGAGACCUGGCGUUGAUACUCAUCGUAAUUGCGCGGGAUAAAACCUCUGACGCGUUUGAUUUGUUAUUUUGUUUUUUGUUUUUGUUUUUUAAUAUCGUUACCGUUGCGUGGGUGUCCACUGUUAAAUUAUUAUCUGUAUUUUAGUACAUCUUGCAUUAAGACUGGGAAUAUUCGACUGAACAUGUUCUGAGAUUAUGUUUCACUGUUGACGUUCGGUACUGUGAAUGUACGAUGACAGGUGAUAAUGUUAAGCACGGUUAGAGUAUGCACUGAGGAUGAUCGAUCCACUUUUUUACGGACAUCGAGUAAUAUUAUUUCGUGACUAGGUUCUAGCAAGAGAAUUUGUUUAUUAUCAUUUGUAUACGGACAUGUAGAUUGUUCAAUGACAUAUCUGUAAGACCAUAUCUAUAACGGAACACAACGAUCUUGUAUGGAAAUUGUAUGUAACUGUGAAACGGAAAUCGAAGAGUAAUCGGGAAAAGAGAAUUUUUAAUUAGAGAUCGUUUUGAUGUUAAUUCUAAAAAAACUGAUUGGCGAAUAGAUAUUUGAAUUUGUGAAAGUCUCAAAGAAAUCGCUACGUAAGGUUCUUUGUAUGUUAGUGAUAAAUUGGUAUGUAUAUUACAAAUUAAGCGAAAUAAAUGUUACAACAUUGUCAUCUCCAUUUCGAUGGAAGUAUUCGUUGAUUAUUAUCUCCAAAGAUAUAAUGUUGUUUAAAUAUAUAGUUGUACUUACGUGUAAAAAUAUUUUCGUACCUCUGUG